GAGAAGUCCAGAAUCGUAAUCAUGCCUGAGCCACCAAAAGUUCCAGUACCCAAAAAGGGCUCCAAGAAAGCGGUCACCAAGACCGCCAGCAAGACCGGCAAGAAGAGGAGAAAGUCCAGGAAGGAGAGCUAUGCCAUCUACGUGUACAAAGUGAUGAAGCAGGUGCACCCCGACACCGGCAUCUCCUCCAAGGCCAUGGGCAUAAUGAACUGCUUCGUGAGUGACAUCUUUGAGCGCAUCGCCGGGGAGGCCUCCCGUCUGGCUCACUACAACAAGCGCUCCACUAUCACCUCCAGGGAGAUCCAGACCGCCGUCCGCCUGCUGCUCCCCGGAGAGCUGGCCAAGCACGCCGUGUCUGAGGGCACCAAGGCCGUGACCAAGUACACCAGCUCCAAGUAACCUGCUGCCGCUACUGCUACAAACCAACGGCUCUUUUAAGAGCCACCCACUUCAUCUACUGCUGCCAUCCUUAGAUGUAUCCAUGAUGUGUAAUUCAAUUAUGUAAACUCAGCAGUCAUGUUUAAAUUAAUAUUUUAAUUUGAAAAUUAUGAAUAUGUAUAAUAAACGCCCAGUGACAAAAACA